AUGUAAGUGAAGUGUCACUGUCAUUACUGUCAUUUACUCCAUGAAAGUAAAUUUGGUAAAUAAAUAGUAGUUUCAAGUAAAAUAAUAAAACUUGAAAAUGUCGAAACCAAAGAAGGUAUUAGAAGAGGCCCGAGAAUUUCAAAAUCCCGAAUUGGAUCUAUUUGAUAGAAGCAUAUCUUCGUUUGAAGAAUUACCAGGAUUAUUAACGAUGACAAAUAUUACGAGAUUGACUCUAAGCCACAACAAGAUAAAAUCUGUACCACCAGGUCUUGCAAAUUUAUCGAAUUUGGAAAUAUUGAAUUUGGCAAAUAAUCACAUCGAGGAAUUGCCAUUAUCGUUAUCUUCCAUGCCUAAGUUGAGGAUUUUGAACUUGUCCAUCAACAGGCUGUACACUUUACCAAGAGGCUUUGGAGCUUUCCCAGUACUGGAAGUCCUGGACUUGACAUACAACAAUUUAAAGGAAGAAUCCCUGCCUGGAAAUUUCUUCAUGAUGGAAACUUUACGAGCCUUGUACUUAGGCGACAACGAUUUCGAAUACCUUCCAGCUGACAUUAAGAAUCUCAAGAAUUUACAAAUCCUAGUUUUGAGAGAAAACGAUCUGAUAGAAUUGCCGAAGGAAAUAGGCGAAUUGACACGUCUUAGGGAGCUCCAUUUGCAGGGCAACCGCUUAACUAUUUUACCUCCUGAAAUUGGAAAUUUGGACAUGUCCUCCAACAAAUCAGCCUUCAGAUUCGAAGGAAACGAAUGGGUUAAGCCUAUUGCUGAUCAGUUACAGCUUGGCAUAAGUCAUUUACAGGAUUAUUUGAAAAGUGAAACCUACAGAGUGUUGCACAGCAGGUUUACAACAAAUAAACCAGACAUACCUCCUCCAUGUGUCGAUAAGGCAAAGAAAAUAUCUCGUGUUCGUUAGGAAAACGUACCAUUUAAAAAAAUCAAAUAUUUGUGCCUUUAACACUGCCUUAUUAGUUGUAAUAUUGAAAUAUUAUUAAGUUCUAUUAAUUUAUUUGAUAUGUCUAAACACGUUUUAACUAUAUAUUUUUUUAAUAAUUAAUUUUAUAUAUUCUAACGCAACCUUUUUCACUAAUAAAUUGAACUAUUGUACAAUUUGCUAAUAUAAAAAUGUAACAGGUAACAGUAUUGUUAAAAAAAUAUGUGUAGUUAUAAGAUAACUACAAUUUCUUAUAUUAAAAUUUAAUAAAGAAAAUAACAAAUUUAUGACCAGCAUUCAGUUUGAUACCUACCGAUUUUUUCUAGUUUCUCGAUAAAUUUUGUACUUUCUUCAGGGCUUAAACCUCCGGCUUCUUGGCAAACAUCGAGAAAAGCUUUUCGCACUCCUUGUGGCAUAUUUUUGGAACUACCCGCGACGAAUAUUCGAGCUUCGUUUUGCAGUAACUCCCAAACCAGCGGCCCAUUUUCUUUAAUUUUAUCCUGAACAUAACUGAAAAUCACCCGCGUAUAAUAUUUCAUAUCGUCUAGAAUUGGAAUCUUACACUUUGUGGUCUUCGUCUCUCGAAAAAGCAGUUAUGAGCUUCAGUUUAUUUCUGCUAGCAAGUCUUUGGAAAUCUUCUUUGCAUAAAAAGUCUUUGUUUCUAUAUCGACAACCAAAAAAUAGAACUGGAUUGUUUAAAUGAGAAUUCUCGUCGGAUUUUUCGAACACAAAACUACGAAAUGAUGCUACACC